AUCACGACACCAAGCGCUGUAAAGGUCACCCAUACAAUUACACGGUGGCGUCUGCACAUCCAGAGGUCCGGUGUGUCGAAGAGAAUGUGGUCAAUACUCUGGCCUAGGUCGUUGUUGCUCUGGGCUAGUGCAUCGGCAUCGUUCGCCUCUGCAUACAGCGUUCUCAUACCACCUGGCGUGAGCUCCAAGAUUCCAUCGUGCUCGAGGGACUGUGUAAAGGCCUUUCUGGAGGCACAGUGGCCCGAGGAAGCUUGCUCCGCAACGCCGAGCUUGGCGUGCCUAUGCGCUCGUCGCUCGACCUCGUCUUACACCAUCGGAGAGGCCGCUGUGCAAUGCAUCAUCGCGGCAAAUCGUGUCGACAUCUGCCCGGACACUGUCCUUGCAGCGGACACAAUCAACAAUGCAUACCUUAUGUGCGAUGGUGUGCCUAAUGCUUUGCCAAACACUCACGAGACACUCUCGGCAACCAUCGUCAUCCCAUCAGCAGGGUCUGGUGUCAUAAUUAUAGGGACACCGUCAGCCACGGCGACGACAACGCACUCUACCACGUUAACCACGACGACAACCAUAUCUUCGACCCCACAACCCACUACGGCCUCAGCUAGUACUAAGUCUUCAACUUUUGCAACCACGACAUUCACUAGCACCACCAGAAGCCUGACUGCUUCAACAACAAUCUCGUCAACAUCGACAGCCAAUGCAACAGGCCUGCCAGCUGCUGAGCAGAGUGGUGACAACUCUCCGGCGAUCACACUGGAAAACGGCCAGAUCAUUGGUAUCUCGAUCGGAAUCGCAGGCGCUAUCGCCCUUGCCCUGAUAGCUAUCUUCCUUGCGCGGCGGACACGGCGACGUAACUUUCCAGAUCUCGAUGGCAACCAUUUCGCACCGGAGAAAGAGCAGGGGAAAACAAAAGUGGUGGACAGGGUUUCUCGAGUGUUCCACAUCUCGCCACCCAUCUUCAGAUUCUCCCGGCCAUUGAACGCGCAGCAGAGCUACAAUGGAUACCAGAAUAUUGACAGAAGCACCAUUGGUGUAGCGAUCUCGAGGCCGAGAAGUACAGCCACUGCACGUUUAUCGAAGCAGAGACCAGCUGCGGACCAUGAUAUGCGCGCUCUCGCAAAGGAGACCACGCCUCAGCGGCCAUCACCACAGAUGGCAGACGAGGAGAAGAGGCCUGCAAAGGCUCCCGUCGAACGCCCAACCUCUAAACUGCUCCCAGCAAAGCCAACCUUGACGUUGGCAAUCCCACCUGCAGCUGCAACGCGAACCACCUCUUCGCAACCACCGUUGACCGACAGGACAAGCACGUUGACGAACAAUACUGCUUUUGCGGACCUCGAUAGUGCGGCUGUAGAGGGGACCGUAUGGCGACCGCCGCCAUCAGAUCCACAGUCUGCUACCGCUCUCUAUGUUGCGGACAGAUGGGGUAACUGGGUGCUGAGCAGCAACAACAGUGGCGGUGGUGGUGCUGCCGGGCCCUCGAUGCCACCCAUGCCAAACCCGACUGAGCCAAACAACUAUGCCAUCCCGGCUGGCCCACAACCAAAACCGACAAAUGCCUCGACUCGGAGCAACGUGCAAGGCACCUCACAAAAUCUACCUACACGGCCUCCACCGGCGUUUCUCCUGGUUGAUCCCGCAAGCAAUACAGCUAUUCGCACGUCCAGUGUGUAUUCUCAAGUCAGUGCCGUACGCCCACCAGCCAGGCCAUACCCGCCCGCAAGUAGGAGCAACAGCUCCUCAAACAAAGGAAGCAAAGGCCGCAAUGUCAGAUCCAAUUCAGAGGUCUCGAAUGACUCUGCGACCACGAUUGACACAGAGUUCGAGACGUCAUUCGAUGAGGAACGCGAUGUGGCACUUCAGGACGGCCACUUGUCGAAUCUGUCACCAGUCGUGGAGAGACGCUCACCUUCACCCAUGACACCUGUGCCCGGUAGAUCACCGCCGCGAAAUCCUCCCGUACAGGAUCGACUUGGCGGAGCCACUGUGCGACUAGUGCCGCCUCCCCGACGGCCAGAUUAUGGCAUGAGCAGUCCUCCGGCUCCUAUGCGGAGCCCUGGCUUCUACGCGGCCCCGAGACCUGGACCUGGGCCUGUCCCGGACACACCGGGUGCCUACCCAGCCCCUUUGAGGCCGCAGCGGACACAAUCUCGACCGGGCGAACGGACGAGGCUCUCUCCAAAGAUGCAACAGGAUCCUAGAGGGCUGCAACAGUCUCGGCCUGAGCAGGUGCGAUAUCCACAGCGACUGCCAAUGCAGCCGCCGCAGCCGCCUAGGCUGGAUACUCGACUCGACGAUCCUGGCCGAUACCAUCUGGCUCCUGAGUCCGCGCAACAGCAACAGAUGCGAUCACCACACAGCGCCGUGACAGUGAGCUCGACGGCCAGUUCCUUGUUGGCCAAGCGUGUUGGGAACGAUAAAGCUGCAGCGCUGGCCCUUGAUCCAAACGCCGGGAGCCGAAAGCGAACGCAACAGCCAUGGAGACGACAGGAUACUGACGGCUCCGGGCAGCGGGCAUACUUCCUGAGCCCCGAAGAGGCUCUGGCAUCACCGCUGGGCACGGGGAUGCUCCCGAUGACGCCGGGCUGGCGACCAAGACUCACACCGACCAGGCGCGGCGACGACCUGUACCUGAAUGUCCAGUAAGACCUUGCAUGGCAUUCGCUUCUCCUUUGUCCAUUGUUAUUUGUUUGCAUUAUCGGGCCAUGGAUUUUUUAUGUUUUGGCAUAAUUUCUCUUUGUUUAGAAAUCAUCUGUAUAGUAGCAUAAAGGCGGCGUCAUCUCAUUUGGGAGUUUUUGUUAGUCAAGAGCAAGAGGCGCAGAAGCAGGAGGCUUGACGUAAAUAAUCACU